GGUCAUUAUAGUCGCUCGCUCGCUGGCACCCCUCCUAAAUGGUUGGUCCGGAUCCCAUGAGUUACCUCCCGGUAAUGUUCAGUUGUCAGUAAAAAAAAAAAAAAAGUCCUAAAUGGUUGUAUGAGUGUUCUGUGAGAGUACGGUCCCUAGUGAGAGUCCGUCGAGAGUCCGCAAUGAUGCCGAAGAAAAGAGAGGCAGUAAAGGCUGAGAAUGACGUGCUCGGCCAGCUACCACCACACAAGCGGCACAAGAAGCACAAGCAUAAGAAGCACAAACGUAAGCGCGGCGGCACGGAGGAAGAAGCGCUUUCGCCACCUGCAAGCCCGCAAAGCGGAGAUGGAGGCAAGCCUGCGUUGAAGCUGAAAAUCAAGAUCGGUGGCCAGCAAGCUCUGGAGAAGAACGUGACUCGGUCGGACGAGCCAAGCAGCCACAGUGAUGACGAAGAAGAGGCCUGGCUCGAGGCCCUGGAGUCUGGCCGCCUCGAAGAAGUAGACGACGAGCUCCGCAAGAUGAAGGACCCCACACUGAUGACGGCGCGGCAGCGAGCGCUCCUCGAAAGCAAGUCAAAGGACAAAGAUGAAGACGGCCCCGCCGCCGUUCAGGUCGAGCCCAUUAAGGAGAUGACAGAGGAAAUGAUCCAGCGCAGAAUGCAGCGUGCCAAAAAACGAAAGCAGCAGGCUGAAGAAAAGAAAGAGAAAGACAAGAAGCAGACUAUUGAACGGCUGCUCAAAAAGUCAGAGUCUCGGCUUCGUGCCUGCAAGAAGCCAGCUAAGAAGGCAGACACACCUAAAGUAUCACUGCUGCGGAGCAGUGAAGCUGGAACGCUGCUAAUGUUUCCUCCUGGCCUUCCGUUCCCACUUCCACCUGCUGUGGCUCCCUGCGAGUACCCAAAGAGAGCGCUGUGCAGCAUCAAAGGCUGCCUGAACCCCAAAAAGUACUCCUGCUCCAAAACAGGCGUGUCUCUCUGCAGCCUAGAAUGCUAUAAGGCAAACAUGCUGCAGAUGUGUGUAUGAGGUGUCGUCCAAAAUAAGCAUUUUUAUUGUUUCCCCAUAUCAUGAGGCUUCAAGAGUCGACAACAGCCAUUGUGGUUGUUACUUUCUUUGCCAGGUCAUAUUCUGGCCAAGAAUAACACUGUUAGAGAUUUAAAAAGGUAAGGAAGUUCUAGACACAGUAUUUACUGUGUGUUCCAUGUAAUACUA